AUGGUGCAGCCUACUGUCUUACAGAAGCGACAUUCACUGAAGGGGUUGAAGCUCUUACCUGUCAUUAAGAAGGUCAGAGGAGGAAGACCAGAGGGUCUGAAAGAAUUUGCGCGCAUGUCUAAGGAAAAAAAGACAGACGUCUUAGAGUUGGAAGAGAUAGAGAAUAUAGUCAACUCAUUGACAGGGGAAAACAUGAUUGAGCUGUUGGAACUAGCUGGAAGUGAUAUUGAUGUUAACGAGGCAAAAUGGUUAUUGCAUUGCUUGAUAAUUUUUGCAAAUGAAGUGGGGCAACCAAGAGGCCAGGCAUUAGAUGAUUCAACGGACCCUAGCACUAGUGCAUCCACAGGGGGAAGCAGUACACCAGUACCUUUAGAAACUGCAGGACCUUCACAAAAAAGGAAGCAUGAUGUUGGUACAACCUUGGAGGAGAGGAUUGUGUCUUUGGAGAAAACGUCAAAGGGGGAGAUGGUCCAGGAGCUUAAAGAGAAGGUGAGGACACUAUGCCUACAGGAUGAUCCAAGCAAUAGGAAAGGGCGUAUUUUCGAAAACCUGAUAUUUGUUUUUUCUGGCAUGGGAACACGUUUUGUCUAG